AUGAUGAUUUUUAUUCUACUUGGCGUUGUUGCCAUCCUAAUUUUUCUUGUCAAAAUAUUCGAUACGACUGACAUUCCGAAGAUCCACGGACUUCCUGAAGCUCCUAACUGGCCAGUAUUUGGCAGUUUAUUCCAGCUGGGUGAGAAUCAUUCGAAAUCACUAUCAAAAUUAGCGAAAAAACUGGGUCCAGUAUUUCAAAUUCGUAUGGGAAAUCGACGCAUUGUAGUGGCGAACUCAUAUGAUUCGAUCAAAUAUUUCUGGGUCAAAAAUCAAUCCGCACUGAUCAGCCGACCGGCAUUGCAUACAUUUCAUAAUGUUGUCAGCAGUGAAGUUUUAUCGAUUGGAACUUCACCGUGGGAUGAGUCAUGUAAACAGCGUCGUAAGGCAGCAGCGACUGCAUUGAAUAAACCAGCUGUUCAGACAUACAUGCCCAUCAUCGAUCAUGAAUCGUACACCGCAAUCAACGAAAUAUUGCACGAGUGUCAAAAUGGCAAAGCUGAUAUUAAUAUUAUUCCUCAUCUUCAGCGAUUUGCAUUAAACACAUCGUUGACCCUUAACUAUGGCACACGAAUAGCUUCGUCGGAUGAUGCACUUUUGAAAGAGAUCGUUACAGUCGAAGGAGCUGUGGCACAGUUGCGAUCAGCAUCGAAUAAUUGGCAAGAUUAUGUUCCCCUCCUACGAAUAUUUCCUGCACGAUCAAACGAAGCAGCGACAAUUCGUCAACGUCGAGAUCGUUACCUCGUUCAGCUACUGAAUGGUCUAAAAAAAGACAUUGCUAAUGGAGUCGACAGACCAUGUAUAACAGGAAAUAUCCUCAAAGAUCCAUCUGCUAAAUUAAAUGAGACAGAAAUUCGAAGCAUUUGUUUGACAAUGAUCAGUGCUGCUCUUGAAACAGUUCCAGCAAACAUUAUUCUCGGUAUUGGUUACCUUUCAUCGCCACACGGUCAAGAAAUUCAGGAACGUGCCUAUCGAGAAAUUCUUGAUGUCUAUCCGGAUGGUGAUGCAUGGGAUAGAUGUCUUGAUGAAGAACAAGUUCCUUAUGUCACCGCUCUCUACAAAGAAAUUCUUCGUUAUUAUACCGUUCACCAUAUGAGUCUUCCUCGACGUAGUGUUCAAGAUAUUGAAUACGAAGGUUCACGAAUUCCGGCUGGUACGUCAUUCUAUAUGAAUGCAUUUGCCGGUGACUACGAUGAGAAUCAUUUCGAAGAUCCGUAUCAAUUCAAUCCCGAUCGUUAUCUAGGUGAUGUGGAUGGUACACCUCAUUACGCAUAUGGUGCUGGAACACGAAUGUGUAUUGGUGCUCAUUUAGCGAACCGAGAACUAUACACAUUUCUCAUUCGACUCAUCAUUGGAUUUCGCAUUCUCGGACCAUUGAAUAAAGAAGAUGCCGCAAUCUUAGAUGGAAUGGAAAUCAAUGCACGACCUACCGGUCUCGUUGUGCAACCAAAAAUGUUCAAAUGUCGUUUCGAACCGAGAAAUAUAGAAGAUCUCAAACGAUGGAUAGACGAUAGCAAACAACGGGCAGAGCAUCAUUAG